UGCAUGCAAGGUUGUCACGCACGCACUAAUGCGGUAGCUGUCAUGACGAGCGGUGGAUUAAAACACAUUCGCAUGCAGUUUAUGGUGAUCCCUAAGCCAAAGCAGUAGCCGUGUAGUAGAGCGGACAAAAUGGGCCUCAGAAAACGCGGGGGACAGGACAAAAAAGAGAAUGAAAAACACAAUGAAAAUGGGACCAGUAGACCUACGAAGAAGAAAACAGACAAGACAGCAACAACAACAGUUUUUAAAUUGUUACUGUUAGUAACAAUAGCAGUAGCAGCAGUUCUGUCAUACUGUUACAUUAACAAUGUUGCUGGCUUGAAAGAAAUUGUCGAUUCAAAACUCAAUUUGGAAACAGAAAAACAAAAGGAAGAAAACAUCCAAACACCACAGACUCAGAAAGCUAAAACAACUUCUAAAAAGAAAGAUGGAGCCACCAAUACUAAGAAAAAGAAAGACACAUCAUCUUCGACCAAAAAGAAGAAAGAUCCCAAGGAUGCAAUUACCAAUAAAAUGGAUGCUGCCAUUCGUGGGGCUCUAGAUNGGGGGGGGGGGGUUGAUAGACUGUUGGGCCAGUAUAAAGAUGCUCUGUCCAAGUAUGAAGAUAUUCUAGCUAAGCAACCAAACAGUCCUAGAGGAAAUUACGGCAAAGGUCAAGCACUGGACAAACUAGCUGACCAGCAGAAGAGUAAUGCAGUGUUGGAGCAAGCCAUUGGGCAGUACCUGAAGGUCCUGGAUCUUCCAGAUGUCCCAGAUGACAUUGUAAUGAUGGCAGGAAAGCGAUGUGCCGAUCGUCAAAAGUUUAGAGGUUGGCCGGGUAAGUCUGCCCAAACAAUGAAUACACUCAUCAGCAGAUUUCCAGACAACGCUGAGCUGAGAAACGAGAUGGGGGUGGCGCUACUUUUGCAGGGAAGAAACAAUCAAGCCAAGACAGUCUUUGAAGAAGUUCUACAACGAGACCCCAACAAUGCCUAUGCACUAGUGCAUCUAGGUUUCAUCCUCAAGACCAGUUAUAACGAGUACGAGAAGGCCGUGGAGUUACUGCAGUCAGGGUUGGAAAAGAAUGACCCAUCAACUGACCAUGGGAGAUUUUACUUCCAACUGGGAGACGCUUUGCAACGAUUAAACAGAACAGAAGAGGCUUACAAGAUCUAUGAGGAAGGCACAAGGAGGGGUCACUUCAAGUCCAAGUACCAGCGGUCACUGUACAAUGUGAACUCACUGACCAGCAGACCAUGGUGGACACCAGAGGAGACAACUUACAAGAAACAUUUAAAGUUGCUGGAAGAUAAUUGGAAGACAAUCCGAGACGAGGGUUUGGCAAACAUGGACGUCAAGAAGGGUCUCUUUGAGGCUGAAGAUGAAAAUUUAAGUGAUACAGGAGACUGGAAACAGUUUACACUGUACAGCCAAGGUAGAAGAAGAGAUGAAAAUUGCAAAAAGGCUCCAAAGACAUGUGCCCUCGUGGAUAAAAUUAUAGAUGCCAAAACAUGCAAGAGGGGGCAGAUCAAAUAUUCCGUGAUGCAGCCUGGUGUCCAUGUUUGGCCUCAUUGUGGGCCCACAAACUGCCGAAUUCGAGCUCAUCUGGGGUUAGUGGUGCCAGAGGGGCCCAGGAUCAGAGUGCAGGAGGAAAUAAGGCACUGGAAGGAAGGAAAGUUCAUCAUUUUUGAUGACUCAUUCGAGCAUGAAGUUUGGCAUGAUGGCGACUCAUUCCGUCUGGUAUUAAUUGUGGAUUUUUGGCACCCUGAACUUACAGCGGAACAGAGGCGGACUUUGACCCCAAUUUAAGUUUUUUGCGUUAACAAUGACUGGCAUAUUACCUUUUGUCAUUAGUUAAGGUUCAUUCAAAAUGAUAGUUUAAAAAAAAUUAUGGUCUAUUAGUUCCGAUCAUUUGCUUUUAUAGAAUAAAUGAAAAAAAUUUCACCAUGAUAAUUAUGGUGAUUUUGGUGUGUAGCACCUGUGAUUUUGAAACUACAAUAAGACUUCACAUAACUUCAACACUUUCGUUGAAGUUGGGCAAUUUUGAAAUUAGUUUCAGCUAAUAUCAAAGAAAUAGUCACUUUUCAAUUAAAAUUUACAUGAAAUGGUUAAGAAGAUUUUAUUUAUUAGGUUAGGAGUUAUGCAGGUUUUACUAUUAUUUGAAAAUCACAAAAUUUAAUUAUCAGCAUUGUCAUUAGGCUAGGUCAUAAAGGAUCUUACUUUUUAUUUAGCAAAAACAAAUAUUGACAUAUGACUUGAUUUCUGUCACAUACUUGCCUUUAUGCCCAUGCAUGAUGGCUCAAGUAUACCAAAUCUAUUUAAAUCUCGUGAAAACAUUCCAAAUUGGUAUAUUUAAGAUACUUUGCUAGUCGAGUCUAUUACAGAAUUAUGAAUAUUGAGCCUUGAUAUAUCUAAUCCACAAAGACUUUCUUGGACAACUAAUCCUACUCAUCAAUCAACAGAUUAGGGAUUGGAAUAGCCAUUCUUUAUUUUAGCUGCUGCAGUUAUUCAGAUAUUUAGAUAUGUAUAUUUAUUUCAUUAAAAAUGAUAUUACUGCAACACUUUUAUAGCUCCAACUUUUAUAUUACCCGUUUUAAGGAGUCAAACAGAGACAUCGAAGGGAGUAAUGCCGUUUAGAAAAUUUUGGACAUAAAAAGCUUACAAGCAAAGGAUGAAAGCAGCAAUAUUAAUAUAAUCACUGCAUAAUAUGAUGUCUUACUCUCACAUUUAACACUGUGCAAAUAAUUCUUAACCUGGUGCUUGCACAGAAAAAUAUUUGAUGUAUGUAAGUGAAAUAGAUUGAAUUUUCCCAACCCUGAAUUUUGUGGGUUACCUGAAAAGGCUGCAGUAUGCUGAGAGUGAAGGUCAGUCUUUAGUGAACUUUGGGCUAAUUAAAAAGAAUUAGCAUGAAGUCUGUGCUGAGCUAGUUUUCCAUUGUUACAGUAGGAAAGUAUGCGUCAGAGGACAUCAAUAAAUGUCAAUCAGUUUUUAAGCUGCAGAAAAGCAUUAAUCGCAUUAUAGUCCUUUUCUAGCACCAAAUAUAUAUAUAUAUAUUAGUAAUUGUUAAGAAUUUAGGCUCUUAUUGGGAAGGGUGGCUCAGGGGAUUGUGUGUGAACCUGCUCGUCUUGGCAUGAGACUUAGAUUGUUCAGCAUUAUGUGAGACUAGUUGAAAAGUCAAGUGAAUGAAUCAAAAAUUUGAUAAAUGAAUUAAUCAAGUAUUGUUAGAAAAAUUUUAAAUAAUAUAAUGCAUUGUAAGACUGGUGAUAAAUUUCAAUCUGCUUAAGAUUUUGUAUGUAUGAUUUAUAUUGUUGUGUGUGAUUUGUAGGUAAAAUAUUCAAGACCCAGAUCAAUGUGGUAGUUUGAUAUAUAGUGGCAGGACCAAAGUGUAUAACUUAUUGCAUAAACUUACUGUUUUUGCUGACAAUCAAAAAGAAAAAAAUCAGCUUUCUUUUCUAUCAGUUGUAUUAUUUACUUGUCUUAUUUUCUACCAGUUGUAUAAUUUCCUUUUCAAAUUAGUUAAGACAUGACAAUUUCUGGUGACAAUCAACCUCAUUGUCCAAAUAUGGGUUUAAGUUCAUUCUGAUGUAAAUUAGCCUUUUACAGUGCAUAAUGAUUCUUUUGGGGCCAAUUAUUCCUGGUAAUGGUUCAGUCUCUUAAAUGUGGAAAAUUCUCAUUCUUUCAGAUACAUCAUUCACAAAUGAUAAAAGUUAUAUUUCUAUAUAAGAUAAGCAUUUAUGGUCCUUUUACUGUAUUGACUAUUAGUAAUCCCACUUGUCAGUUUUGUUGGUACCACUCUAUAGGAAUAUUAAAAACGUUAAAAAAUACAAUGAUCUGAUAAAUUCACAAUUUUCCCCAUUGAAAAGAUUGAGUCACUACUGUGUUUUGGUGAUGCUAAAGAUGACUCUGUACAUAUAUCAAGGGUUUCAAAAUUUCCAAGUUUGACGGGUAUCCAAAUUGGACCCGUUAGUCUGUAGGGUAAAUUUUUGUUACCAGGUUUAUGUUGAAACUGAUAUAAAUUGGUCUUAUAAAGAAGGGAAUAUUUCUUUGGGGCCCAUUUGGUGUAUUGUGUUGGAACAUUUUGUCAGUUAUCAGUUGCCCCCCAGAUAAUCAUUACUUGGGUUUUUUAUUAUUAUUUUUUCGGUACUUAGGAAGUAUCUUCUGCAGAUACUUAAAAUGGAAUAUUUUGGGUAAUACAGUAUUAUGCGUUUAAAAGGUUUAAUUUUUGUGAAAGUUAUCAUAUUUAAGUGUUAUGAGCAACCCCAUCGUAUGGAGUACAGAAUAAUGAAAGAAGUGUCCACAAAAUUGUUAUACUAUGUCAUACACUUAAACACAUAAUAUGCACAAAGACCUUGUUUCAAAAUGGUCAGAUAUUUUUUUCUUAUGGCAUAUAUCAUAUUUGUUAUAUUAUAUUAGGCAUAUGCUGCAAUUGUUACAUAUUGUAUGUAUAAUUCUAUGUGUUGUGUUUAAAUGAGUAUUGUAAGAUGCAAGAUAAUGUAAAGCACUGUUAUUAUAACAG